AUGCCUCCAAAGAAGUCUUCUACAGGAAUUACCGUAAUGCUGAUUGACGCGGGCGUCAACAUGAACAUGAGGAGCUCGAACAACGAGAAAACAGACUUUGAAAAUGCUGUUCACACAGCAAAUUCUAUUAUUUCUCGAAAAAUCUUUUCUGAGGAUGCAGAAAACUUCUGUGUCAUGGCUUAUAAUUUGGAUUCAAAAUUCAUUACAAAACUGGGAAAAGAAACAUUCAAAGGGGUGGUUGUGCACAACGAGGAAUUCGUUCCGGCUCAAUUCGAUCAUCUGAGAUUCCUUCUUACCGAAUUGAAACAAAAUACUAGUGAUGGAUCAUUUUCGGACCCGAAUUGUAAUGGGAUUAUUUAUUUUGCCAAAAUUAAAGUUAGUCUUCCAGUUUUCAAAGGAGUCCUCGCAGCUGUAGCUAUUCUGAAAGAGCGUCUCGAAUUGGUAUCGAACCCCUCUGGUAUCACCUUAAUUGUGCUGACCAACGGUAUGAAUGAGAAUAUCAGGCAGGAAAACUACGAUCUGCUGGUUAAUGCUAUCACGGAGUGUAAUGCAGACCUGAUGAUAAUCGGUAUUCCGGAGAACCCAGAGUAUCCAGCAUCACGAAUUUCGGAACUAGUAGACCAAUUGGGAGGACGCACAUACUCGUUUGAAAACGUUUCCAUGCAACUUUCCACCUACCAAGCGCGCCAGAAGUCCGAGAGAAAGUACAACAAAAUGUGGGAGAUUGCUCCUGGCGUUCGUCUUCCCGUAACGUUCGCCGUGAAGUCUGAGAAGUCCACCGCUCUGCUGAAAUUCAAAAAUGCAGAUGCUGAAGGAAACGAAAUGGUUCGUAUGGAACAAAUGCAUGUUGAAACUCAGAAUCCGGUCACUGAUUCGGUUGACGAUGAGACUCCAAAGUUUGUGGCGAAAGGAGCCGCCAAAAAUCUCAAACCUGUUGAAAAGAUUAAGACGAAGCAUGGUUACAACUUUGGAAAGUCCGUGAUAAUGAUGGAUCAAGAUUAUCUGAAGGAGAAGUACAACGACCACAAUUUCAACGAAGGACAAACAGGAGGGGUGCUGAAGCUCAUACAGUUUACUAAAAGAGCAAAUAUUCUCGAUUCAUAUCUCAUGGAAGCCAGUGCUAAAACAGUUCUUCCCUCACUCAAUUCACCAAAAUCUGGUGCUACAAAAGCAGCGGUUGCUCUAAUUCGAGCAAUGUUCGACAUGAGAGUUGCUGGCAUCUGUCGUUACACAUUUCAUGCGACAUCUCAAGUUCAACUAGUGGCUCUUCUGCCACAUAGGGAUGCUGAAACUGGUGUUUAUUACUUGAGAUCUGUGAAACUCCCAUUUUCUGACGAUAUGAGAACGUUGAAGUUCCCAAAAUUCACAUUCGACGAAGAUGAGGAAGAUACGAAUAAGCCAACAGUUGCUCAACUGUCGGCAGUCGAUGAUUUGAUUGAUAAGAUGCAGUUGCCAGAAAGUGAAAUUGUCACUUCAUUAAAAGCUUGGUGCUUCAUCCAGAUGCUAUAUUUUUCAGAUUCAAUGGAAAAUCAUUCAAUUCGAAAAAACGAAAUUCUAAACGAUAUAAUGGCACCAAAGCGAAAAGUAGAGGCGGAAUGCCCAGAGAUGUUCCAAAGACUCAGCCGCGAAUUCAAUCUUCAACCAGUUCAGAAAACGAAAAGAGAAAGGGUUACUGUAGAGCCAGAAGAUUUACAAGCUAUGAUAUCUGAAUGGACUGAUAAGAAAGUAAAAACAGAAGUGGUUGAAGAAUCUGAGGAGGGACCAAGUCAAAAGAAAAAGAAGAAGUUUAAUACAUCUGGAGCCAAGAAGAUAUCAAGAAAAGAAGAACUUCAAUCGGAAAUUGAAGAAGAUGGUGGAGCAAGUCGUAUAUGCUCGAAGAUGCUCGAGAUGAUAUCGAACACUUGUAAAUUCCAUCCAAACGGAGCAAUCAGUGGAUUCUUCCAGUUGCUUGUGAACGAACUCAGCAUUAUUCGUUCUGUGUUUGUUGAGAAAUCAAAAUGCGACGAAUUCAAUGAGCUUCUCGAAAAGUUGAGAGAAGAAGAAGAUUUUGAGCCAUUCGCCGAGGUACUUGCAGAAGAGAAAUCAUGCAAUCCAAUCAGUUCUAGCGAAGUCUCCACUUCAGAAAUAUCGAGCUUUGAUGCCGCCGAGUUCUGGGAAGAAUAA